AUGAACCAGUCUCCCAUGCUCUCCUGUCCGCUCAAGCAGACCAACGAGAUCGACUGGGUCCAGCCGCUCAAGGAUUAUAUCCGCACCGCCUACGGUGACGACCCAGACCGAUACCAGGAAGAAUGUGCCACGCUGAACAGAUUGCGCCAGGAUAUGCGAGGCGCCGGCAAGGAUAGCGCAUCGGGGAGGGACUUGUUAUAUCGAUACUAUGGACAGUUGGAGUUGCUGGAUCUGCGGUUUCCUGUGGAUGAGAAUCAUAUCAAAAUAUCCUUUACCUGGUACGAUGCCUUUACGCAGAAACCGACUUCGCAAUACUCGCUGGCAUUCGAGAAAGCGUCGAUCCUGUUCAAUAUCUCCGCCGUCCUGUCCUGCCACGCCGCGAACCAGAAUCGAGCCGACGAUACUGGAUUAAAGACGGCAUUCCACUCGUUUCAAGCUUCGGCUGGCAUGUUUACAUAUAUCAAUGAGAACUUUCUUCACGCGCCUUCAACGGAUCUAAGUCGACCCACAGUUAAGGCUCUGAUCAAUGUUAUGCUAGCGCAGGCACAGGAGAUCUUCCUUGAGAAACAGACUGCUGACUCUAAAAAGUCUGGUCAGCUUGCCAAGCUCGCCAGUCAGGCCGCAUGGUUAUACACGCAGGCCGCCGAGACAGUGCAAGAAUACGUCGGAAAGGGAUUCUUUGAGAAAGUGUGGUCACUAGUGAUACAGGCAAAGGCAUCGCACAUGGCGUCAGUCGCGAGUUUUCAUCAGGCCAAUGCUGAUGUAGAGAGUGGAUCAUAUGGAAUCGCUAUUGCAAGGUUACAAUUAGCAGCGAAAUUGUCCGCGGCAGCAGUAACGUGGGCCAAGUCGUUCCCUUCGUCUGUGCCUGCGAAUUCCAACUUGGUUUCGGAAGACGGAGCUAGUUUGAUGGAAGAGAUUAAAAGACAUCAAGCGAUUGUCGAGGAGCAGGUUACGACGCUGAUCCGAGAUAAUGAUUUCAUCUAUCAUCAAGGGGUGCCUAAUGAAGCAGGUCUGUCGGCUAUUGCGAAAUUGGCCGUGGCCAAGGCUAUACCUGUUAGCGAGCUGUAUCAAGGACAAGAUAUUCAGCGAAUCAUUGGUCCGGAUAUUUUCCAAAAGCUGGUGCCGAUGUCUGUGACCGAGUCUGCCAGUUUAUAUGAUGAGGAGAAGGCCAAAUUGAUUCGAGCAGAAACAGAAAGGGUCGAGACGGCCAAUGGAGAAAUGGCAGCCGGUUUGGACUAUUUGAAACUACCAGGCAGCUUGAAUAUUUUGAAGGGGGGUAUAGACCAGGAAGUGACGGUGGACGAGGAAUUCCGCAGGUGGUGCGAAGAAAUGGCAGAUCAUACUGGAUUUCACAAAACGCUGGACGAGUUACAAGACAGCAAAGCCAGUAUCGUUGAUUUACUGGGUCAAUGCACGCGACAGCUAGACAUGGAGGAAAGCGUAUGCGAGAAGAUGCGGUCAAAGUACGGAGCGGACUGGACGCAGCAGCCGAGUUCACGUCUUACGGCAACCCUUCGUGGUGAGAUUAGAAGUUUACGAGACACGAUUAAUGAGGCCGGCGCAAGUGAUACCCAAUUGAAUGCGACUCUGAAACAAUACGAAGCAGAUUUUGAUGAAAUGCGGUCAGCGGGGGAAACGGACGAGGCUGAUGUGUUGUACCAGCGCGCGAUGAUCAAAGCAGGCGCAAAACAGAAAAUGUCUCGGAAUGGACAGGCGAGUCCGUACUCACCUGGGAAUGAGGGGUCAUUGCUUGAUGAAGUGGAUGAUGAGGCUAGUUUAUCGGUUGCGGAGCAAAUUGCGAGGGUGGAGGAGUUGCUGAAAAAGUUGAAUCUGGUUAAACGUGAGCGAGCGCAGGUUCUAAAGGAUUUGAAGGAGAAGGUCCACGAAGACGAUAUAUCGAACGUGCUCAUUCUCAAUAAAAAGUCUCUAGGAAAUGGUCAAGAGCAGCAGUUGUUCCAGGCAGAGUUGGAAAAGUUCAGACCAUACCAGAACCGCAUCAUCAAGUCGAACCAUACCCAAGGCUCGUUGAUGAAGGAGCUUACAAGAACAUAUGGGGAUCUUUUGCAGGAUAAACGAGUUCGAUCUGAGCAGUCGAAAUACGAAACUAUAACACGACAGCGGAACACAGUAAUGGCGCGGUACAAGAAAAUCUAUAAUGCUUUCCGAGAUCUGGUCUCUGGGGUAUCGCAGGCAACCAAGUUCUACAAUGAAAUGCAAGAAACGGUGGACAACCUACGCAAAAACGUCGAUACAUUCGUCAACAACCGUCGAUCAGAAGGAGCGCAAUUACUCAGCCAAAUCGAGCAGGAUAAGAACAACAGUGCUUCUGGACAGGAAGACCGCGAACGAGAGAAAUUGAGGCAGCUAAUGGAACGGCUAUCGACUGAACCAGCAGCUGCUCCAAGGAACACAUCACCAACGAAACAGUCCCGACCCCAACCGCCAGUCAAGGUCGCAAGCAGCAGUACCACAUCGCCAUCACCACACUAUCACCACGCAACGCCCGUGGCACCUCCACCAUCCCAAUCACCUGCUCCAAAUCCAUACGGACAAUAUGCUCCCAACCCAAUGGCAGGAUACUACGGCGCAACCCCGAUAUCGGCUUUCCAACAGGGCGCCGCCACACCCCUUUCAGGCGGAUAUAACCCCAUGGCAUAUCCGUACCAAACCCCCGUCUCACCUCCUCAAAACCAAGCCGGUCUAUAUUACCAUCAACUCCCUCACCCUGGAACAUCAACAACGCCCGUUCCUGUGCCCUCAUACCCCGGGUACCCAACAAGCGGCACMCCCGCCCCUCCACCUUCACAUACACCGCAAUUCAUUCCACCAGGCUACAUACCCCCUCCACCGCCUCCACGACCAGCAGAAACCCAAUACCCUCCUUCAACUGGCGGUGCAUACCCUUCUGGUCCGGGCGGGUAUGCGCAGAAUCGACCUCCCUACGGAGCGGUUCAACCACAUCAGCAUCAACCCAAGGGGAGUCAGGGAUUGGGAAGUCAAACAUCACCUAAUAACGAUCCGUGGGCAGGGCUGAAUUCAUGGAAAUAG